UCUGCACCAACAAUGAGAGAGAAAUUGAGACAGAUCAGCAGCUGGAUAACUUGUACCUGAAAGCUUUAGAGGGAUUUAUCACUGUCAUCACACAGGAUGGAGACAUGAUCUUUUUGUCAGAAAACAUUAGCAAAUAUAUGGGCUUGACACAGGUGGAGUUGACCGGGCACAGCAUUUUUGAUUUCACUCACCCAUGUGAUCAUGAAGAAAUUCGGGAAAAUCUAAGCUUGAAAAAUGGUUCAGGUUGUGGGAAAAAAAAUAAAGAGAUGUCCCUGGAACGUGACUUCUUCAUGAGAAUGAAAUGUACUGUUACCAACAGAGGCAGAACUGUAAAUCUCAAAUCUGCCACAUGGAAGGUUUUGCACUGCACAGGACAGAUUAAGGUCUAUAAUACAUGUCCUCCUCAUGCUCUGUGUGGUUUUAAGGAGCCACUCUUAUCCUGCCUUAUACUGAUGUGUGAGCCCAUUCAACAUCCUUCCAAUACCGAUAUUCCACUGGACAGCAAGACUUUCCUGAGCCGUCAUAGCAUGGACAUGAAAUUCACUUACUGUGAUGACAGGAUAACUGAAUUAGUUGGAUAUCAUCCUGAGGAACUGCUGGGCCGUUCUGCGUAUGAAUUCUACCAUGCAUUGGAUUCUGAGAGUAUGACCAAAAGUCAUCAAAACUUAUGUGCAAAAGGUCAAGUGGUUACAGGGCAGUACCGCAUGCUUGCCAAGCACGGUGGAUACGUGUGGCUUGAGACCCAGGGAACAGUCAUCUACAAUACUCGGAAUUUGCAGCCUCAGUGCAUAAUUUGUGUUAACUAUGUUCUAAGUGAAAUAGAGAACAACAACAUUGUAUUCUCCAUGGAUCAGACAGAAUCGCUUUUUAAGCCUCAUAUGAUGGCCAUGAACUCCAUGUUUGACCAUGGAGUCCCAGUGACUGAUAAGAGUGACUUCUUAUUCACCAAGCUAAAGGAAGAACCAGAAGAACUUGCCCAGCUGGCACCAACACCAGGCGAUGCAAUUAUUUCUCUUGACUUUGGAACACAAAAGUUUGAGGAAAUCUCUACCUACAACAAAGCUGUGAUGACUCCAAACACUCGGUGGCCUCCAGAAGGGCAGAACCAGGCAUCCCAGACUGAAAAGCUGAGUGUGCCAUCAUUUACCUUGCCUCAAGUUGCACCUGGCAGCAGUACCCCCAGCGCAAGCAGCAACAGCAGCUGUUCCACCCCAAGUAGCCCAGGAGAUUAUUACACUUCUUUAGAUGAAGACCUGAAGAUCGAGAUGAUUGAGAAGCUUUUUGCCAUGGACACAGAUGCCAAGAAUCAAUGUAGUUCACAGAGUGACUUCAAUGAACUGGAUCUUGAAACUUUGGCUCCUUAUAUUCCCAUGGAUGGGGAAGAUUUCCAGCUGAGCCCUAUCUGUCAAGAGGAGCGUCCUCUCUGUGAAAGUAUCCAGCUUACCCAGCAGAGCUUAAGCAACAUGAGCAGCCUCUUCCAACCUCUUGCUCCUUCUUCCCAGAGCCAGUUCCUCCUAGAGAAAUAUUGCCAGCCAGGAUCUGACAAAAACAUGCAAGCAGGCCAAGGGACUCUGCCACUGGCAUUCUUCAACCAUGGGAGUCAGUCAUCAUCAUUCUUGCUGCCCUACUAUGCACAAGCCAAUACUCCACUGUCUUCAAUGGGUGGGAGACCAAAUACACAGUGGCCUCCUGACCCACCAUUAGAGUAUGUGCCAACCAAAUGGAGAGGAAUGGGCAAUAAGUCUUUAAUAAGCUCUGCAUCAGACCCCCCAUCACUGCAUUUGCCCAGCAGGAACACAGAUAAGAAAAGAUCACUGGAGAGUUUUGGACAGCGAGGCAUAGAUAUAAACCCAGCCCGGAUAGCUCUCGCCAACAGUUUCAAGUUGAAACGGCAGUUAGAUUAUGAAGACCAAACAUUUCAACACCUGAAUGGGACACAAGAUGACAUGUCUGGCCUUAAUCCAACUCACUUAAUGUUGAAAAGAAUGAAGCUUCUCAGAAGUGAAAACUGUGCAUUGCUUUCAGAAAAGAAGUCACUCAGCACAAGUGUCCUUAAUGAUAAGUUUCUUUGUAACCUACAAAGAUGCUCAGGCCAGCCAGUGCGUAUGAUGCAGCAACAACAGCAGGAUCUACCACUGUCCUCUGGCAACUCUGCAAAUAAUCCAAAAGUUGUAUACUCUCCCCCUUUUUACAAAACCCCUUAUCAGGACUUCAAUGUAUCACAAGCUCAUAGGAUGUCGGGAGUUGCAAGUCGUCUGCUUGGGUCUUCUUUGGAACCUUAUUUGUUGCCAGAACUGACCCGAUAUGACUGUGAGGUUAACGUCCCGGUGCUGGGCAGUUCGACUCUUCUGCAGGGAGGUGACUUGCUUCGAGCUCUUGACCAAGCCACUUGAGCAAAUCUGCAAUAUGCCCUGGCUGAUACUGUUCCAAGCAGCUGCAGUUUUAAAAUAUAUUUUUGCAAGUAGACAAUUUCUAAUACCAAUUUACAUUUUUACAAGAUUUUACUUACAUGUUGAACUUGUCCACUUUACCAAAUAGUGGCCUUUCUGCAAAGUUACUCACUUUCUUAUUUGCUUUAAAAGAAGUAUGCAUCUACUGUAUUUUUUCCUUCUAUCCUGAUAAAGUGUUCCUUAGAAAAUUUAUAUUAUAUUAUUCCCCUUUACUGUGUGUAAUUUAUAUGUUCUGAAAUUUCCUCAAUAUUCAUGCUAAUUAAAACAAACAAACAAAAAAGGCUUUGGGUGUGCUAAUGCCUGUAUGUAAUACUUUGGCUCAAUUUAUUACAACAGUGUCAUUUUUUGCCAAAGAUUAAGUGAAAUAAAUCUUUUUCUGACUGUA